AUGGAUCCCGGGCCGAGCAGCUUCAAGUGUGUUCAUCACGGAUGCUCAAAGACUUUCACUCGAAAGGACCAUCUUCAAAGACAUGCAGCCAAUCAUUCUACGGAGACUUUCAAUUGUGUGAAAUGUCAUAGACCUUUUAAACGACUUGACUUGUUACAAAGACAUGAGAGGAGGAAUAUAUGUGGAGAUGAAGCUUAUCAAAAUUCAACUCCAAGUAAAAGAAGACGUACAAGUGAAGCAUCAGAUGAUCAACGUGAACCACCUUUAUCAACUGUUUCUACACAUUUUCCUCAUCCAACUACAUCUACAACGACAACAUCUUCUUCUUCUAUCACACCGCAGUUCAAUACGAUCGGCCCAAGCGUCACCAACGGUAAUAAUAUCGUAUCGGCACCUACGUUCACUCCCAUGGGACUGGACAGUGGAUAUGUCAACAAUGGUGAUUUCAUAUCUGAUUUCGGAUUUGGUCUUUGGGCACCUGAACAAUGGGAAGCAUUAUUACAUGAAAGUUUAGCACCUCCGUUCAAUGAACCCAUAAUAUCGAGUUCGACUUGGGAUUUGACAAGUCAACAACCUCCAAGAUUACAACCUCAAUCAGCCGAACGAGGCCAACAGAUGAUUUUCCAAUCCAUACCUCAGGAUUAUAUAGUGACUGAAGCCUUAUUGAGUAGAUUACGCACAAAUUUUCCUGAAUUUGACGUCCCCUUACCUUUUGUAAUCGACUCGCUUACCAACUACUGGACAAAGACCGCUUCCACCUUCCCUUUCAUCCAUCGCGCAACAUUCGAUAUCAACACGGCUCCUGAUGAACUAACCCUCAUGAUGGUCAUAACAGGAUCAUUCUAUAUCAAUCCUAAGAGGGACUUUUCGAAAAUGGUGCAGAAGAUACGAGGCAUCUUAGUGCAAGAAUGUGGAUUGGAUAUGCCAAUUACAACCCUACAAGCCUUCACUCUCUGUCAUGUACAUGAUACUUGGUACGGAACGGAAGAGAGUCAGUUUGUGGCUCAAUGCAUGUGGCCUAUCAUGGUUGCUCACUCGAGGAAGAAAGGAAUAGGAGUUUUAGGUAAGCCGGAUUCAGAGGCUCAACAGGAAGAAGCUUGGACAGCUUGGGCCAAGGAAGAAGAACGACGGCGAUCAGCAUACUGCGUUUUACUCAUUGACACGCAAUUAUCUGCAUUUUGGAACCAACAUUGUUCAAGACAAUUAUCAAUUUUCGCUCAUAAUUUGAACUUGCCAUGUCCACGAUCGCAAUGGGAAGCUGCAACAGCUUCCGAAUGGAUGAAAAUCCGACAAAUCACACCUAAUACACCAACCACGAAACCAAAACAUUCAAAAUCAGGUUAUUUACCUGGAUUACAUCCCGAAUUUACCGUAACCGUAGUUGCAGAAGGUUAUUCUUCAGCUAUAAUGUCUGCUCUUUCUGAGGAACAUAAAUUCCUAUUCAAAGUGGAUUUAGAUAAUAGUCUGACUACACAAAUGGUCUUGAUCGGUCUCAUCGCAAUCGCUUGGGAUUGUAGGACAAGAGGUGGAAUGGGUAUCAGAUUUAGGGAAGGUACAAAACAUUGGAGAUCGAUUGUUUUCAACGCUGUGAUCCAGCUACGAGCAGCCUAUGAAUCGGCGGUCAUGCACAUGAGCGCAACAGUAGAAUCAAGAGAUAUGAGAGAUACAUUUGCGAUCUGCAUCAUAUCUGUUUUAAGUGAUAUACCCAUGUUACAUGUCGCUGCUGGAGCGAUCACUUUCUGUGGUGCAUCAAUUGGACCACGACAGUAUUCAGAUGCGAAAAGAAGACUUAAGCUUUGGGCUAAAACCGACGAUGCGUGGACUUGCGUUUGGCAAUCUGUCAGAUACCUUCGUCAAGCGUUAUUUAGCGAAUGGGGAUUGUACUCUUCUUGGGCGAUAUUUAACACGACUCUGGUCUUAUGGGGUUACACUACGAGUUUAUCCAAUUCAAAUUCUCAGAAUGAACACUCGAUUCCACCACCUCAUCGAACAUCUCCCCAAUUAUCAUUUUUGUUCAACAAUGACAAUAACAAUAAUAAUACGAAUAACAAUACUCAAAAGGAACAAGAAAAACAGAGAAUAAUCACCUCAUGGUUAGAUAAAAUAUUGAACACUCAAGGGAAACUAGAUGGAAUUCAGAAUGAUCAAUUGAGGGAUUUGUUGGAAGUCGUUUGUGAGAAAUUAAAUAAAGGACAAGAUUUGGAACGGGAUAACGGUCAGCUAUUGAGUAGAUUGAUGAGUCAAAGGAAAUCCGGGAAAUCCUAG